AUGGGGCCACAUGGAGAGCUGACUAUGCCUGAAAAACAGCAGGGGUCCCCUAAGAACGAGAUUCCGGGGCUUGGGGGAAAGCUCUGGAAGGGGGCUCUAGGCUGUCCUUCUGGUGCCCUUGCCCUGGGGAGUGUGCGGUGCCCAGCCACUCCAGGCAUCUGGGAGGUCAGCAUUAGCCCGGUGGCCUUAGCCCAGCCCUCCGCCCACACACACGUUGUCGAACCAGGGACCGGGGCCCUCAGAGGCGCUUUGGGAGUCGUGGUUCCUUUUGUCUUUUUGCAGAAAAUCCCCAUCCUCAAGCCUCCGACCAAGCUCAUCUGUGUCUGUAGCAGUUCCGGCAGCGCCUCGGAGUGCGUUCUGGGGGCUUCUGGGGGCCCCAGCUCACCACUGUCUAGAGUUUGGCUGGUGGCAGCCAGCAGUGGGGCUGUCUCCCCUGGCUCUGCCCCUCUCCGGGCCUCCGGCCUCAGUUUCCCCACCUGCACCUUGGCUGACGGGCUCCCCCUCCUCCCCGCAGGUCUUCCCGGCAGGCCUCUGAGCCGCGUGAGCCGCCGCCUGAACCGCGGCAUCGUGGAAGAAUGUUGCUUCCGCAGUUGCGAUCUGGCCUUACUGGAGACCUACUGCGCCACCCCCGCCAAGUCCGAGCGAGACCUGUCAGCCUCCAUGAUGGUGCUCCCGGAAAACUUCCCUAGAUACCCUGUGGGCAAGUUCUUCAAGCUUGACACCUGGCAGAAGUCCGCCCACCGUCUCCGGAGGGGCCUGCCUGCCCUCCUCCGUGCCCGCAGGGACCGCCUCAGAGCCCAGGCGCUGGAAGCGAUCAGAGAGGCCCAGCGUCACCGUGCCCUGAUCAGCCUGCCCAGCGAAGACCCCCUGCGCUCGGACGCCUCCUCCACAAAGGCGGCGCGCCAGCAGUAACGCGGCGCCGCUCUGCCCCUGGGAUGACUUCUCUUCACGCGCUCUCUCCUUCUCCAAAUUCGGCCUCUAUCGUUCCAAAGCUUUCUUUGUAUUCCCCGCCACUCGCCGCCCCCUCCCCCCACGCCAAGGGGCUUUGAGGGGCUGCCCCUGGAGACA